UCAUAGUACUCUAGUUUCUGGACUUCUAAGUCCAGAAACUAACAAUUACCAAUAUUAAAGUGACGAAAAUGAAGAUCGUAGUAUGUAUUAUUUUCACAUGUGGGUUCGUGUCCUGCUAUUUAGACUUCAAGGAGCAGCACAAUUCGGAUGUGGGUAUGCAGAGGAUGGUGCGGCUAAUGAUGGACUACGCGCACAAAGCCAAGGUUGCCAUUGAUGAAGUCAACCCUCUGCGAGCUGAACACGAGGUCUCGCCGCACUUCGAGCUGGGAUACGUCAUGAGCGAGCUGCUGGACAAGUAUCGUAAAAUGGUGGAAACAGCUCGCCAUCCGCUCGACUUCAACUCCGACACGGUGAUAGACACGCUGCGCGCGACGGAGCUGGUGCAACGUCUGUUCUUCGAGAUCUACCACUUGGUGAACAUCAUACACGAGAUCCCUAAGAAGUACGGGCGAAUGCCUGAAUUCUCCGGCCAUGGGGGGUACGAUCCAACCAAAAUCGCGGAAACGGAGAAGAGGAUAGCGCGGUUGGAGAGGGAGCGGCGUCGCCGGAAGCGGAAGUGGCUGAAGGAGAUGCUGAACAUGCAGGCGCUCGGCCAGCUGGCGCAGAUAGCGCACAGGAAGCCCGUCAGGCCGGGGAACAAGUGGUGGCCGAUAGACUACGGCUGGGAGAUAGAUUACUACUGGUAGAGGCAAAUAAAAUAUACACCAAUUUAUCGUUUCUGGCGAAUCCUAUAAAGAUGAUAAGUACAAAGAAAAGUUAUAAUGAUAAUAAAAAAACUGAGAACCCCGACUUUUUGAUAGACCU